CUGUCAGAGAGCAGCACACCGACGCAGAGACGGAACAGCGAGCCUCUCAGCAUCGAACCCUCCUUCCACUGAACGCAUCUCACUCGCUGCUGGGCGGACCCCGCGUGUCUCUGUGUGCGCGUAUUUAUAUUUUUUAAAACGCAAAUUUAAGCGCAAACUUAACCGCGUUUUUUUUGUUGUUGUUGUUGUGGUUGUUGCUUUUUGGGACCUUUUCAAAGUAAAAGAAGCGAGAGACCAGAGGAGCGACAUGGCCACCACGACCUGCACCCGCUUCACGGACGAGUUCCAGCUGUACGAGGAGCUGGGGAAGGGAGCCUUUUCGGUGGUGCGCAGAUGCGUCAAGCUGUGCACGGGACAGGAGUACGCCGCCAAAAUAAUCAACACCAAAAAGCUGUCGGCCAGAGAUCACCAGAAGCUGGAACGAGAGGCUCGGAUCUGUCGCCUGUUGAAACACUCCAACAUCGGUGAAGGCGCUUCUUCCUUCUGCCGUCUCACUUAAUCCAAAGUUAAUCUUAAAUUUCCUGUU